UGCUCAAGAUGGAGGUCAAGAAAAAGAACUUCUUGGGGAACCUGCGUAUGAAAACUAAGCUGGUCAACCUGAAGAAGCCUGGGAGAAAGAAACUAGGAAGACAGCUGGCCCAUCGGCGCAGUAUUUCUGUACCAGACCUCAGGUUUGUGCCAGACGAAUCCUUUCCUGCUGACAACCCCGAUGGGUCCACUCCCUCUGAUGCCAUCUUUUUUGGCCACUCCCCUAGUCAAAGUGAUUCUGAUUCUGUUGCAAGUGGCUCGAUCGUUGAUGGACAACACAUCACAGACAAACCAUACGAUACUGUCUCAGAAAAUCGACUCAGAGUUCCCAGAGAACGCACGGCUGCUGCUUUAAAAAGAAUAAGCGCACCAUCGGGGUCACAGAGCCUUUAUGAUGAAAUUGAUCAAAUGUCAUAUACAGGCUCAGAGAUCAAGCUGAAUAUUGCUCGAGAAGGCUUGUACUCUAAAGUCAACAAAGGAGCCAAGGGGAAUGCACCUAAAUUCCUCUUUGACCCUAUUCAUCGACCAAAAUCUCCUUUCCCAAAAGGACUUUCACCAAGACCAGACCUGGUAGAGAGAGAGAGUGUCUCUGGUGAAGACGCCACAGCAGACAGAUGGUCAUCAAGUGCUGUCGCUGCAGUUCUGGCCAGAGCAAGCUCAAUGGGAGACCAAAUUAACCCUUACAGAGAUAAGAGGCCCGCAUCAGUUGAUUAUAAAAAGUCCUCCUCUGAGAAAGGAACUCCGCCACAAACCAGAGUAGCUCGUGCGGAUACAAUGUCUCUGAUGUUAGAUAAUCUGGGUACUCCUUUGGAGAGGUCAGAUGGAACCUCUCAGGGCUCUACCUGUGAAUCUCCCAAUGACGAACAAGGCAAUAUGCCCUGGACAACAGAUUCGGAGGACCUGGACCGAGAACUUUACUCUCCCUUUCUGAUGGGAGACUUCCCCAACGAAGAGAUUCUGCUAGAAGAAAUCCGAAAUGAGGAGGCCCUGGAAGAAACCGCAGAGAUGUCCAGUGAAACAUGCGAUUUAUUUGACGAAAACAUGCAAGAUCUUCUGGAAAGCUCUUCUGUUGCAACUGGGGAGACGGACAUCCAGGGACCUCUACCGUGCCAGCGAUACCUCCUGAGCAUCAACCUGAAGCAGGGAAGGAACCUGGUCGCCCGAGCCAAGCGGUCUGGGACCAGUGAUCCUUAUGUGAAGUUCAAACUUGAAGGAAAACAGUUUUGUAAAAGCAAAGUUGUUUACAAAAGCCUAAAUCCGCAGUGGAAUGAGACCUUCUUCCACGCUCUUCGAGACAGAGAGCACGACGUGGAAGUUCGGGUCUAUGAUAAAAAUAGAACUGCUGAUGAGUUCAUGGGUUCCAGCACUAUUUCCUUGAAAAGUCUUGAAUUGUACAAAACAUAUGAAAUGGAGUUGCGUCUUGAUGAUCCAAAAAGUAAAGAAGAUGACAUGGGAGUUAUUAUUGUUGACAUCUGCUUGAUGUUUAGAGAUGCCACGAUCAAAAGAAGCCCAAGAUGGCCACCGAGGAAGAGUAAGAACCCGGCCCCACCAACCCAGCGGCCAAGUGAGACGCAGAGAAAUCCGCUGAAGAACCAGAAGUGGACAGGAGUGCUCGGUGUCACCUUGGUGGAGGGACUGGACCUGCCGCAGUAUGGCGACGGGGACAUCUACGUCCGCUUUCGCCUUGGUGAUCAGAAGUACAAAAGCAAGAACCUCUGCGUUCAGGCCAAUCCCCAGUGGAGAGAGCAGUUUGACUUCAAUCAGUUUGAAGAUAACCAGGAACCUCUGCAGGUGGAGGUUUACUCAAAGAGAGGGAGGAAGGGUGAGGAAUCAUGGGGGAUGUUUGAGAUUGCCCUAUCGAGACUUCCACUUAAUGAGAGGCAGCUCUACACUCAUGUGCUGGACCCAGGAAAGGGCAGGCUGGUGUUUCUGGUCACCCUGAGACCCUGCUGGGGAGUCUCCAUCUCUGACAUUGAAACAGCUACCUUGGAGAGCCCUGAUGAGAGAGACACAGUACAGGAAAAACUCAGCCUUAAGAACACACACAAGUGUGUGGGAGAGGUUGGUUUCCUUCAGGUCAAAGUCGUAAAGGCAAAUGAUCUUCCUGCCACAGACCUCAAUGGCAAAAGCAACCCUUUUUGUGUUGUUGAGCUCGGAAACAGCAAACUUCAAACCCACACAUUCUACAAGACCGUCAAUCCAGAGUGGAACAAAGCCCUAACAUUCCCGAUAAAGGACAUUCACGAUGUGAUAGAGUUGACUCUCCUCGAUGAAAAUGGAGACAAAGCCCCAAACUUUUUGGGGAAAGUAGACAUUCCAUUACUGACCGUUCAAAAUGGGCAGCAGAUAUGUCUGUUGUUGAAGAAAGAAGACUUGGGAAGUGCAUCAAAGGGAACAAUCACACUGGUGCUGGAUGUUAUCUAUAACAAAGUCCGAGCUGGUAUCAGAACCUUUAAACCAAAGGAGACAAAACUAAUGGAGGAAAACCAGAAAUUCUCCAAAAAGGUUCUUGCCCGGAAUAUAUAUCGGGUUCGAAAUAUCAGCACAGCAGUUCUGUACACGUUACAGUACAUUAAAAGCUGUUUUCAAUGGGAGAGCACGCAACGGAGUCUAAUAGCCUUUCUGAUCUUCCUUGUGACGGUGUGGCACUGGGAGCUCUUCAUGCUGCCCCUCUUCCUGCUGCUGCUCAUUGGCUGGCACUACUUCCAGCUCUCUGCAGGGAAGGCCAGCUCCAACCAGGACCUGGUGAACAUGAGCAUGGGUGACGAAGAAGAGGAAGACGAGAAGGUAUCUAGAGGUUAUCUUUACCUUUUCGCCUUCUACUUUGCGGGAAGUCACGGGGGGCCGACGGUCACACCCGACCCCAACUGA